CACCACUACUCCAUCCAUCACCAUGCAAGGCUGGACGGCGUACGCAUAUGAUCCCUCCAUGGGAGGGGCGGUAAUCAUGAUCCUGCUGUUCCUGGUAGCCACUUUGAUCUUCAUCUACCAGCUCAUCCGCACCCGGGCCUGGUUGACGCUUGCCGCCUUGAUCGGGGCACUCUUCGAAGUCGUCGGAUACUGCGGUCGCGCCAUGUCCGCCCAUCAGUCCCCGGACUGGACCCUCGGUCCCUACAUCAUCCAAAGCACACUGCUGCUGGUCGCCCCGGCCCUUUUUGCUGCUACCAUCUACAUGAUCCUGGGUCGCAUUAUCCUCCUGGUCCGCGGCGAGCACCACUCCAUCAUCCGCCUGAAGUUCCUGACCAAGAUUUUCGUCGUGGGCGACAUUCUCUCCUUUCUGAUGCAAGCCUCAGGCGCCGGUCUGAUGGUCAAGGCCGGCUCCGCGACGGACCACACGGGCGAGAACGUGAUCAUCGGGGGCCUCGUCGUGCAGAUUCUCUUCUUCUGCUUCUUCAUCACGGUGGCGGUCAUCUUCCAGCGGCGCAUCUACCGCCACCCCACGGUGCGGUCGGAGUCGCCGCAGAUCCCGUGGCGCAAGCACUUCUUCUCGCUGUACGCGAUGAGCUUCCUGAUCCUGAUCCGGUCGAUCGUGCGGUUCAUCGAGUACAUCCAGGGCCAGCAGGGGUACGUGAUCACGCACGAGGCGUUUAUCUACGUCUUCGACGCGGUGCCGAUGUUUUUGGUGCUGUGUAUUCUCAUUGUGGUCCACCCGAGUGAGAUCAAUGGGUUGCUGGGCAAAUCGCGGGUGGCGGCGGUGGGGAAUGGGUUGCGAUUCAAGGAUGUGACGCCGGCUCUGUGA